UCGAGAUGACUCAGGAGACAAACCAGACCCCAGGACCCAUGCUGUGUAGUACAGGAUGUGGAUUUUAUGGAAAUCCUAGGACAAAUGGGAUGUGUUCUGUUUGCUACAAAGAGCAUCUUCAGCGUCAGCAGAAUAGUGGCAGAAUCAGCCCAAUGGGAACAGCCAGUGGUUCAAACAGUCCUACCUCAGACUCUGCAUCUGUACAGAGAGCAGACAGUAGCUUAAACAACUGUGAAGGUGCUGCUGGCAGCACAUCUGAAAAAUCAAGAAAUGUGCCUGUUGCCGCUUUGCCUGUAACGCAGCAAAUGACAGAAAUGAGCAUUUCAAGAGAGGAAAAACUACCACCGAAAACAGAGACCGAGCCAGUUGUUACUCAACCAAGCCCAUCAGUUUCUCAGCCUAGUACUUCGCAGAGUGAAGAGAGAGCUCCUGAACUACCCAAACCAAAGAAGAACAGAUGUUUCAUGUGCAGAAAGAAGGUUGGCCUUACAGGAUUUGACUGCCGAUGUGGAAACUUGUUUUGUGGACUUCACCGUUAUUCUGACAAGCAUAACUGCCCAUAUGAUUACAAAGCAGAAGCUGCAGCAAAAAUCAGGAAAGAGAAUCCAGUUGUGGUGGCUGAAAAAAUCCAGAGAAUAUAAGUUAACCUGCUCAUUAAAAGACUGACUGACUUUGUUUUGUUUUUGAUAUAUCCUAGGAAAACAUAAAAGAGCAGGUGCAUGGCCAUUUUCCUUUGUUCUCCAAAGUUUUACUUUUAGUCUUGUCUGUUUUAAUGAUAUUUAAGAAUGUUUGAGUGUCUGUUACAGGCAAAAUUGGAUAGAUACAGCCCUUGAAAAUAUGCAUGCCCUCAUCAGAAUGUAAUUGGAUGAUCAGAAACUUCCACAGGAAUACACACAGAGAGGACAGACUCUCUAGUUCACAUGCCAAACAGAUGUAUGCUGUCUGCAUGGUUGCAACAGAUCUGCCUUGUGAGAUGUGUUUGAGGUAUAUAAUCUCUGGCUAGUGUCGUGCCUGUUUUGGAGAAG